GGGAAGCACACUCCCGGCAUGCCUUGGGGCCGGAAGUUGAAAUCAAAGUGGGACUGGGUGAUCGCGUUACUCUGACAGCCAUGGUCUCCAUCCUGUCUCGUGGAUUUGGCCACCUUGUGAGGUCCUUGGCCGAGCUGAGCUUCACACCGAGAACAAGGUGGCGGCCAUACUGCCUUCCAUUGAUACUGCUAGCUGCCCUAACCCCCCCCCCCUCUGUACUGGGCUGCUCCUUUAUCCCACUUACCAACACUGCAAGAAUAUCCCAUAAACCCACACCUGCUCCCCCUACCUCAUGGCUAAUUCAAGGGUCUCCAAACUCUGGCUCUCUGUAUGGUGCUGAACUACCACUCCCAUGAUUCUCCAUAUGAAAUACAUAGCCAGAGGAUCAUGGGAGUUGUGGUUCCCCAAUAUUUGGAGGAUCAGAGUUUGGGGGAAACCUGUUCUGAGCUAAUUUACUGAUAGAAACUGCAUACCAUCAUAUCUAUUUUUAUUAUUUAUGUCCAUAAAUUCAGUUCACUCUUAUUCUGCUCAAUACUCAUAUAGUACUAAGAUUUAUGUUACUUUCCACAAAUAAUGUCUGCCUUUACUGUUUUGGGUUUGUUUUUGUUUUUUUGUAAAGAAAAUUUCUAGAUGGCCAUACCUGUCCUUGUAAAUGUCGUCAUGUAGUUUUAUUUACAAAAGUGCUCCCCCACCACUAUAUAUGUACUUGAAGGAUAAAGUUGUCCGUGCGGAAUAACUAGAGAUUGUAUGGUACACAGCUGCAAAGAGCAAUCUUUGACCCGAAUUAACAAGGUUGUUCUUGGUAGUAUGUGUACUUAGGAAUACAAAGAUAAUUUCAUGUUUUAGGCGGAAAUGGCUGAACUUAAAACACAGCUGAGUUGGAUAAUGUUUUUCAGUUUACCAUAAAAUUGCAAUAAUUUUAAAAUCAUACUUUUACAGGGUUAUUCACUAAAAUGAGAAUUCAAAGUAAAUUCCAAAUGUAAUUUAAAAGACCACUAUAGUGCCAGGAAAACAAACUCGUUUUCCUGGCACUAUAGGGUUAUUAGGUCCCCCCUCUAGCUGGGCUGAAGGGGUUAAAACCUCCUUAGCCACUUACCUUUAUGCAGCGCCGGGCUCCCUCGGCACUGGUGACCUCUCCUCCCCUGCAGACGUCUGCUCCUGAUUGGAGCCGCAUGCGCAACCAGAGCCGCACGUGCAUUUAAACCGCCCAUAGGAAAGCAUUACUCAAUGCGAUUUUUGCAUUGAGGAUCGCAGAAGCACCUCUAGUGGCUGUCUCCUGGAUUAACCCUCAAUGUAAACAUAUCAGUUUUUCUGAAACUAUGUUUUCAGCUGCAGGGUUAAAACUAUGGGGACCUGGCACCCAGAUCACUUCAUUGAGCUGAAGUGGUCUGGGCUCCUAUAGUGGUCCUUUAAUGGGAAGCAUAACUGACAGGGAGAAUUUUUCCAGUUUGACUACCUUGACCGUAAAUUUGAAAUUUACCUUGAAUUCUCCCUUUAGGGAAUAACCCAAUUAGUGAAUAAACUUGUAAAAUGUUUAGACAACGUGCCCGAAGAACCCUCUCAUGACAUGCCUUUUUUUUUAUAGAUUUUUUUUUUUUUUAAAUGUUUUUUUUGCUAGUUUUCAUUAUGUGCCGCUUGCACGGUUUUGGGGUUUUCAUUAAACUCCAAAUUGUAUAUAAUUUACAUCCAAAUUGUUAUAAUGAGGACAAAAUAGCUGGGAAAAAACAACUCUGCUAUAGUCAUCUUCACAGGUUUAGUAGCGAUUCUUUAGCUUAAAGGAGCACUAUAUUGCCAGGAGAACAAACCUGUUUUUUUUCUGGCAGUGUAGGGUUAUUAGGUCCCUCCUCCCGCUGGGCUGAAGGGGUUAAAACCAGAGUCGCGCUCGCAUUUAAACGGCCCAUAAGAAAGCAUUACUCAAUGCUUUCCCAUGGGGAUCUGAACUCAAGCUGCUAGAGUUCAAUGCGAUUGUCACACUGAGAAUCGCGGAAGCGGCCUAGAGGCUGGAUUAACCCUACCAUGUAAACAUAGCAGUUUCUCUGAAACUGUUAUGUUUUCAGCUGCAGGGUUAAAACUAGGGGGACCUUGCACCCAGACCACUUCAUUGAGCUGAAGUGAAGGGUGCUUAUAGUGGUCCUUUAAAUUAUAGUUUGCUAUAUGAUUUUACUGAAUGGCUCUGUGUGAGAUCAGUGUCUCAUCACUCCAUGUUAGUAUUUGAAUGUGUUAUUUUUAUCCUUAAGUUGCAACAACCUUCUCUGCGGAGUCUCAGCUGUACAGUGUUCAGCAACCAGGUGGUUUUCCAAAACCCAUAAAAGUGAUGACCAUCUAAAGCGACCCUUAACAGGAUACAUUCGUUAUUCCAUUCAGCAACAACCCCUACUAAGCAAAAAAUACCCAGGUAAGAGUUUAAUGAUGAAAAUGGCCAAAUCCAUGUUGAUUGAGUUUCGUUAAACAGCUAUCCACUCUGUUUUCUCAGAAAUUGCGGCCAUUAACUUAUUUUCCUUUUAGCAAAGUAAGUAAAAAUGAAACUCCUCAUUAUAUAGAAUAGUCUAGGGCUUAAAAUGUCUAGUGCUAUGCUACUAGCCAAGCUUUAAAAGUUGCUUGCCAUUCCAAGCCAUAGUAUAAAUCUCUAUGGCUAAAUUAUCACUCGCCAAUGCACAGUGGAAAGCCCAUACUAAUAAUUAUGUAUGCGUGGCUUUUACCCUUACUGCCUUAGUGACUCCUAUAAUUGUUUUGACAUUUGAAUACAUAAUAUAAAUAAGAUCUUUCCGUUUACCCUUUAACAGGUGCAAAAAUUACAGAACUUGCAAAGAUGAUAGCUCAGGAAUGGAGAGGACUUCCUGCUUCCGUCAAAGAAGUAAGUAAACAGUAUGAAAAGAAAGUAUUUUUUCAGACUAAAGUUCAACAGAAUUUUUCUUCUAAAAGUUUGUGUCUUUUAGUGCACAAUAACCCUCUGGUUAAUUGUUUUUACAUAAAUAAUUUUGUAGUUGUUUAUUCCUUGAUAUUGACAAAUAAAAAUAAAUGUUUUUUUCUACAAAACGAGUCAAAAUGUAUUAAUAAUGUAUGUUGUAUACAUGUUUUUAUUUUCCCACUACCCUGCCCUCCACACACAUCUGCUUAACUAAUUGCAUUAUCUAAUAUAUAUUGUUCUUUUCUUCAUUAGUAUCCUACCUUUUGUGAUGCCAGAAUAAAUAAGAUGCUCUUAAUAGGAGCUUAUCAUUCUGGUUAAUGGUGGCUGAUAUGCCACUGCCUCCUGUCCAGUAGAUAAUUAUGGAGUUAGUUCUUUAUCCCCAAAGAGGAGUUUCGUUCGUCGCAUAGGACAAUUGGAUAUGCAGUUUAAAGUGAUAGCAGCCAUACUAUGACGGCUUUCAGUUUUAUAAGGACCUGUGAGACAAACACUGUUAAAUUAACCUAACUAUAAGUGCCUGGAAAUUAGCACUUUUAUAAUUUGAGGCAGAAAUGCCUCUGUGACUGUCACUCAGACAGCUAGAGUGAGAUAUGCCUCCAUAAGCUGAGCUAAUAAGUGUUAGGUGCGCUGGGCCCAGAGCGUACCUGCCUUCCCUCCUCUUAAUAAGCUGUACUACACUCAUUGAGACGCAUUUGAAAGCCACAGUCAAAUGUGUGUGUGUGUGUGUGUGUGUGUGUGUGUGUGUGUGUGUGUGUGUGUGUGUGUGUGGCUCCAGCACACAGGCUUCCUAUAGAGAAGCUCCAGACUGGUCAUUUCCCUAGGACAGACUGAAAAGGGGGAAGGGAGACUUGUAUAGGCUGUAGACAGUGGGCCUGCAGCUUUUGUGAAAUGUUUUUUUUUCCAUAUAGCUCCAAAGAAAAUAUGUAAGAAUACAUGCAUGUUUUCUUCUGGGGUAUAUCUACCGAAUAGUUAAAAAUAUACAAUAAUUUCAAUGUGUUUCUUUAACAUAUGGCAAUACAUUAAAUAGACAACAUGUGCAGCACAAUAAGAGUGCAUAGGAGCACUGACAGAAUAAUUAUCCUGUGUGAAUGUCCGUGAUCUGACUCCUUAAUUAAAGGAUUUCCCUAGUAAGUGGGCUAAUCUGAUAACAAGGUUGCUGGGUUAGGACCUGCCAAAAAAGGGUAUAUUGGUGUUGUGCCAGGUGAAGUCAAUGUAUACUCAUAUACUGUAACUAAACCCCCAUUAUUUUUGCCUAAGUCAGUUAUUUUUUUAUUAUGUUUUUCCAAAUAAUGAAUGUUGUGAGCCUUGAAAUUGCUGUGUAGUGAUUGCGUGAGUCUGCUGGAUCUUGUGUGUUGUAUUAAAGAACUCCAGCAGCAUCCUUAAAAUGUAUGCAUGUUAGUGUAGCCCUCUUGGUUUCAAAUAUAUAUUUGGGAGUCCAAGCCAACUCCUGUGGCUUUGCACCCCUUCCUGUCACAGGUCCCAAUUUAACCUUGUCCCAAAGAGAGCAUAAGGAGGAAGCAUUUCUCAAGUAAGUGGAUUAAUCUUAUAAAAGCAGGCAUUAGGUUGUUAGAAUAGGACCUGCAAAAAAAUUGAGUAAAUUGGCAUUGAGGCAGGCUUAUGCAAUGUAUAUACUGUAACUAAGUCUCCAUUGUUUUUGCUUAUGUCAGGUGUUUUUGAAAAAACGUUUUGUGAGUGCUCCAGAUCUUGUAUGUUGUAUUCAUUGGCCCCAGCAGGACCCUUAUAAUUAUGCAUGUUCAAGUGAGCGCAUUCCUCUUGUCUAUAUAUAUGUAAAACAUACCUAUUGCCUAUUUUUAGCCCUAUCUGGAAGCUGCGAAAUCUGAACUGAAAAUAUACGUAGCAGACUUGAAAAAAUACAAAGAAACGUUGUCUCCAGUGGAAUUACAAGCAUUGAGAGAAGAAAGGAAACACAAGCGAAGCAAAAGAAUUAUCAUACGCAAAAAAAGGGUAGGAUUCUUUUUCUAUGCGUAAAAGUUAUAUUUUUAUCUUUUGACUAAAGAUGCUCUUCUCAACAUUCAAUUUUAAUCCAGAAACCAGAGUUUUAUAUUUUACUAGAUAUUGUGUGUGUUUGUAUAUAGUGUGGCAGAUUAGAUUUUAAAACAUGAGAAAUAUCCAAUGUAUACAUGCAGGGUAGCCACAGAAAGGUUCCUGCUUUUCCUCAUACUUGCAUCCGUUUAUGGAAGCUUUACUUUUUGGACAGGUUACAGGUGGGUGUCUGUGUGCGACAUAGACAAAUAUUCAACUUCACAAUCAACAAGAGUAUGAGAUAAUCAAUUGGUUUGCUUUUUCUGUUUGUGUAUGUAUUAUGCAUUCGGCCUGCAUAACAUACAGAUUACUUGCAGUUUAAAAUGGUCCUGUUUAUCCAUUUAAGCUGCUCAGCAUACCAUAGUGAAGUUUGGAGAUGUAAGUUUGCAAUAUUGAAGCCAUGGGAUAUAGUAUAGACAAAAUAUAAAAUUAUGGAUAUCAUCGUUUCAUUUAUUUGACACUAAUUGGGAAAGUUGGUGAUCUCCAGCUCAUUACAAACACAUCUGCUCCACUUAUACUUCUCACUCACCACAAUCCACACCUUGUUCCUCCAUUUCUUCCUCUGGUCCGCAUUACUUUAAUUAAAUGUAUUGUCAUGACCCUAGUCUGCAGUGCUAUCAAUACAACUGCACUCCCACUGUAUCUAAACACCUCAUACACACCCCAACCAUCAGAUAACACACAAAUAGUGCAGAACUAGCAAAUGCCCAAUUAACAUUAGUUAUACAAAUAUUAUGUGAUUUUGGGGUUGAAUUGACAUAUACUGGAGUCCUUGCUGACUGCAAAUGGUAGAGCACUAGAUUAUUAUUUUAUGAAACACCAUAUUCCACAGUGCCGUACGAUGGAUAUGUGUUUAUGCCUUUAUCUCUGUCCAGUUCUUUGCUGUUGAGCAGAAAGGAACAAAAAAAUCAAGAUCUAGGGAUUGCACAUAAUAAAAGCUUAGAGCAUUCAUUUAAUCUCACCACUUCUUCCUGCAAAUACUGAAUCCUGAUCUAUUCCCAAAGCACCCAUCUGUUAUUUCUUUACAACCUGUUACCUACUGUGAGGACCCUUUAAAUAUUAUUCUAUUUUUCUUCACUAUCUUGAUGCUAACGAAAAUCCUCUAGCCUCCCAGAAGGUACUAAUGUAAGAAGUCCUGAGAGCUUGUUAUCUAGAGGGCAAAUGUGCAUUGAGACAAAAGAUUGUGUGCAAAAAAACCCCCAAUAAUUCAAGUAAGAUAAAUCAAUCCAGAAUUGUUCCACUAGAAGGAGCACUGUUUUACAAUCAAUAAACUGUACACAGUAAGCAUGUAAAAAUAUAAAUAAUAGUAGUGUUUUUCACUACACAUUGAAUGUGGAGUAAAUAUAAUUGAAUAUACAUUAAGCAAAAUGAUAGAAUUAGAGAGAAAACAUAUCAAUGUAUUUUGAGCUGAGUUGUAUGUACAUGUGGACAUUUAUGUUCUGAUUUUUAUUUUAUCUAACAGGAGUUGUCAUUACUGGGAAAACCAAAGAGACCACGCUCUGCAUUUAACGUCUUCAUGUCUGAACACUUUCACGAAGCUAAAGGGGCCUCAGUACCGGUAUAUAAGAGACUAUUUGUUUUUUGAAACUGAAAAUGUUUAUGAUGAAUGUUAAGAAAAAUGCUAUUAGAGUCAACUAACUUAAAUACAUUUUGUUUUUUAUAGUCAAAGUUGAAGAAUGUGCGUGAAGACUGGAGAUGUCUGAAUGAUUCACAAAAGCAGGUGUGUAUUCAAAUGUACAUUGCAGUUAUUUAAUUGUACAUUUAAAAAAAAAAUUUUUCUGUUUAUUUUAUCUUUUCAAAGAGCCAAUAUCAUUUCUCAUAUAUUGUAGAACCAAGUAAAAUUGUAAUGUUGUAAGAAACUUAUACUAAACCAGGAUACUGGAUUAUUUACAUCUCUCAUACACUUACAGAUGGCAACUUAUGUUUUUUUAUUUUUUAUUUUGCCUUAAUAAAAAUUUGCUUGAAAUCUUAUUUAAUCUGAUUUAUACUGAGAUUAAAGGGAAACUAUAGUCACCAAAGCAACUUCACCUUAAUGCAGCUGUUCUGGUGUCUACAGCCUGUCCCUGCAGGCUUUUUAAUGUAAUUUUAUCAUGCAAAAGGCAGUGUUUACAUUUCUGCCUAGACGGCCACUAGAUGUGCUUCCUGUGCCCGUGCCGCACUGGCGUUCAGCGUCUCCACACUCUGCAUGGUGGAUCUGCAUGUAAUGCAUCUCUAUGAGGAAAUGCUGAUGCAGCCCGAUUUAAGCCAGCAAUGUAAAACAUUGCAGUUGGUGAGAAACUACAGUGGUCACAUUGCAGGGUUAACUACACAUCUUUUGGCUGUCCUGCAGACUGCCACUAGAAGUACUUUAUGGUCCCUAACAAAGCUUUACUCCGUGAAUUGAUGUUCGGUGUCCUUGCGCUUUGCAUGAGGAUGUCUAAUAUCUUUCAAUUCCUCAUAGGAAAGCAUUGAUUUAGUGCCUUCCUAUGGGUAAGCUUUAAUGCGUUUGCGUUGAACACCGUGCAUGUGCAUCAAGUUUUACUAUUGAUGUCUACUAAGGAGGAGACCUAGCCAGCCCCAAGGGGACCUCAAUGCUAGAAACAGGUAAGUGGGCAAAAAGAUUUGUAUUCCUAACACUCUAGUGUUCCUUUAAAAAUGUGUACAGUUAAAAAUGUGAAUGGUGGUGGUCAAAGUUUACCUUCACAUCCAUUCACUUGCUAAAUAACACAGUAGAUUUAGUGAGAACUGCUAGGAAGAAUUACAUUCAAUUAGUCAACACUAAUGUCUUUGCAGGCAUAUAUUCAGCUAGCAGAAGAUGACAAGAUUCGAUAUGAAAAUGAGAUGAAGUCUUGGGAGGACCAGAUGAUUGAGAUUGGACGUGAAGAUCUUGUUCGACGUAAGAAGAAACUGCAGUUGGCAAAAUUGAAAGGAGCAUCUAAAAUGCAAAACUUUAAAGGGACACUGAAACAUAUGGACAAGUCUAACAAAUUCAAAGAAGGGAAGAACGCAAGUAGUAUCACGUUAGAGAAUGAGGAAUAAGUAAUUACUUAAUCACUCUUUGUAUGGCCUCUAAAUGUUGAACACAAGAAGUACGAGAUGCCCAGUGUACAACAGAAACUGGUUAUGCCAAAUGUAAGACAGAAUGUCUGUUCACAACACCAAGGGCAUAGUCCUGCAAGCAUUUCUUCUGUGACAUAUUUUUGUCAGACAGCACUGGUUUGAUUGAAUUAUGAAGGUAAAUUUUACUGUAAAGAUCUUGUUUUUUUCAUAUAACAUGUUUCAGUAAAACCAUUUCAUCAUGAAUAAUCAAUAGAACUCCCUCCAUUUUGAUUACAAUGCUUUUUAUAUAAUUUUUCUUUAGUCUGUGGUCUUUCUUUUAACAUUUAAUUAACCAAAAUUCUCAUUCCUCUAGGUUUAGUUAGGUAGUUGAAAUAAGUAGACAAAGCUUGUUGGAAUUGGAUAAAAGACUUACUGUUAUCUUUAUUAAAAUAGCUACAACAGGGCUGGCCUAACCACUAAACAUAAUCAAUUAUUUAUUUAAAUGUACAGGGGGGGGAACGGAUUCAAAUGUUAUUCAUAUAAAAGUACAGAAGAAAAUGUGAUUGUCUAUCUGCUCUGCUGACUACUAGAUGUAAAUGGGGUAGACAAAUGGCGGAUUGUGAAUUACCAAUCAUUCUCAGUGUUUUUCCACUCUCCACACGCAGAAACAUUUGCAUUUACAGCAACAAUGUACAAAUUAUCACCUGUCUGGAAAUAUAUAUGGAAAAGUAACUCUGUGUGCACGUGGUCACCUGUUUGUGUGUAUGCAUAUACAAGCACAUUCCCCAAUACCUAGGUACACUCAGUGAUACCCAUACGCAUGGAUAUGAGUAGGAUGGGAGCUGUAGCGACUGCUGUAGAUUGUGGGAUCAUUAUAAAUGAUAAGUUAUUUAUACUGUGGAAAGUUUAUCUGGGGGCUGGUGAUAAGUGGAAAGCUUUUAUCUGAUACUGUAUUUCUCUCAAUAGGUGGCCAGCGAUAGACUGAGAGCAUAGUUCCAUAGUUUUGGAGCUUGGAAGCUUGAUUUAAUAAGACCAUAUGACUAUGUUGCAUUUAAGCCUGCCACUGCUUACAAAGUGCACCUAUACUACUGGGUCCUAGUCUACUUUUUUAUUUUAUUCUAUUCUGUUCAAAAUGCCACUAAAUUGUAGUACAGUUGCUAGGAACACGUAGACCGUGAUGAAUUGUCAGCAUAUAAUUUUUUCUCAGUCAUAGCUUGGCUAUUUUUUAUUUAUUUAUUCAUUUUACAAAAUACAGACAUUACAUUAAUAGACAAUGGUAUAGUAUAAGUGACCUUGAAGUACAGUUCAUGUAUUCGAAUUACAUACUUUAUAUACCAACAACAAUAAGCACACGUGCAGAACGGGUCACUGGCCAGCUGGGGGUAUUAUUUAGAAGUAGAGGAUUUAUACUAGCUCAUAUUUAAGUAUCAGGACUGUUCAAUUAACUAUUGUAUGCUAGUUAAGCUAAACAGAAAUUUUAGUUUAAGAUAAAUGUUUCCAGCAAGGGUUGCCAUCUCUUUUCAUACCAAUCUUUUUAUUAUUAUUAUUAUUAUUUAUAAAGCGCCAACAAGUUCUGUAGCGCUGUACAAUGGGUGGACUAACAGACACGUAUUUGUAACCAGACAAGUUGGACGCACAGGAACAGAGGGAUUGAGGGCCCUGCUCAAUGAGCUUACAUGCUAGAGAGAGUGGGGUAUAGUGACACAAGGGUUGAGUAGAAAAGUAGGUUGCUUGGAUAGUAUUAAUUGAGGGCUUAGUGUUUUGUUUUGAUGACUGUUUCAGGAGAGGAAUCGGGGUGUGGGGAGGGAAAGCUGUUCACAGUUUAAUUGAUAUGCUUUCCUAAAGAAGUAAGUUUUCAAAGAAAAUUACCAAAAUAUAUCCCUUUUGCCAUGAUAUAUUGAUAUUUGAGUUGAUUUUAGAAUAUAUUCCUAGGUAGGAGUUUAUUGUUUCUACCAGUAUCUAGAUAUUGCAACUUUAGCAGCCAUAGUCAAUUGGAUUUAUAAAUAUGUUUUUGAAGCAGAAUAGCAGAUUAAAGUAGAACACAGCUUGGCUGUUUUAACCUGAAUUUUCAAAUGUUUUUGCUUCUAAACAAUUCAAAGUUUAGAGGAUAGAUCUAGGAUAAUUGGAUUGUGGGACUCUUCAUGCAGUAUUUAGGAGCAAGCAGGGGGAUUAAAACCCACUAUUAAGGCCAUGAAAGGAAUAAUAGUCCGUAAAAUUAUACAAUACAUUUUAUUGCAUGACAUGUUCUCAUAGCCUUGGCAUAUUGAUAUAUCAUGAAGUUUAAGUAUGUACCAAAAUGGUGUUCCUAAACUUUCAUGUCUAAAAAUGGCUGACAAAAAAACAGCAUACUUCCAUUCUUUCUUGACAUUUUACACACAGUAAAAUGUUAUAAAAUUCCCUAAGCUUGCGGAGAAAAUAGCCAUUGUUGAGUCUACACACACAUUGAGUCUUGUGAAGGUAAUUUAUAAUAAAGGCUAUUAUUCAUCUUGAAGCAAUGUAACAUGUUAAAGCUUCCUUAGGUGAAAAACAGCUAUAAGUUGUAAGGGCUAGACAAGUAGUUUAAUAGGACCUGAAAGCUUUUAUAAUGUUAUAUCCCUGUCCACUUAGUUCAAUUAGCAAUAAUUACUACUGCUUAUGUGGCAUGGUGAAUGUAUAUGUUGGUCAUUUACACAACAGCGACUUAAAAUUCUGUUAUGGUUUUAAUGUGAGUCAGAGAUGUGAUUUCCUAUAAUACUUAUUCUAAGCACCCGAAUAGGAACCAAAACUAAGUCUUUGUUUCAAAGGUACCCCCAUGACUGGACUACGCAAAUCAUUUGAUCACAAUCAGCUGGUUACUGUAGCAUCCUGCCUGCUUAUGUGCAGUGGUGCCCCGUUUGACUCUGGUAAAAGUCUAAUGAAGUUUUGAUUACAUCAUUUUUCAUAUGUUAUAUUACAGCUGAUGCUGUUUUGAAGAAAGAUUAUUUUCUGAAUCUAUUGCAGCUGACGCUGCUGAUUGGCCUGUGAUGCCCAGCUUUUGUAGAACUUGAUAAUUUUUGUUUUAUUGAUGCAAUACACCUGGGCUUUGGAGUGCAUUGUCUUAAACAACCAACGGCGUAUCAUGCAUGCUAGUAUGCAAUUUGUUAAAAAAAAAUAAAAAAAAAAUAGAGAGGGUUAUUAACUAAACAGCAGAUUUUUUGCAACUGAACAAAAUUCAGUGAAAGUGACCAAAUUUCGACUGCAAUGGUAAUUCUCAAAUUUACUAAAGUCGUAUAGAGUUGGAAAAGGGUAAUUCGUCAAAAGAUGGAAACCAGGACACAGACAAUAUACAUAAAAAGUGAUGUAUAAUGUUGAAAUCUGGAUAUUUUGUGUUAUGUAUAUAAUAAUACAGUGCUAAAGGAGAAAACAAUCCUAGCAAAUAUUAGAUAAUGCCUAUCACUUGGAAAUACAAGUAUAUGUUGGUUCCCUAUAGUCAAUCUUACCACACAAGAAUAUACAAUCCGUUUCAUGUUUCAGUGAAAUUUUGCUGAGACCAUUUGGAAAUUUGAUGUGAUUUAUUAUCAAAUGAUGGCAUUAAAGUGUGUACACUGAAUUCUAGGAAACCUAGAUACAGAACUUGUGAAGCGAAGAAUUAAUUGAUGCGUGGUCCUUUUUGAUCUUUGAGUGUGAUAUUGAAUGUUAACCGUGCUGGUUACAACAAAUAUAUUCAAUUAAAACCUAUGAUCAGCAAAAGCAAUGAGAUUUAACUCUUUAGUUCCAUCAAUUGAAAGCUUGUGUAAAAUUGCGAUGAUUGAGAUUGUGGCCUGUGCCCACUGUGAUAACUUGUCAUAUUCAGAGCCCUAG